AUGAGUGGACAAAAGCAGGAAAACAUCAUCGAAGAGAAAGAUGUUGGGUUUAUUCUAAGCUAUGGAAGAAACUACUAUGCUGAGGAGAUAAUGGAAAGGGAGGCAGAGAUAAAGAGGAUUUUUGAACAAAUAAGCUUAAAGCUUGGAACGAAGGAGGUUGAGACCGGACUUGCACCUCCUAUGUGUUGGGACCUUCUAGGAGAUAGAAAUAGAAUACAAAGCGAACCAAAUCUGCAGGUUGCCAGGGUUUGCAAGGUUCUUGAUGGGUACCAAGAGCCAAGAUAUAUGAUAGGAAUCAAGAUGAUAGCCAAGUUUAUUGUUGGAAAGGGAAAGCGAGUGGAUGGGAGCCUUAUACAAGAAGGAAUGAGGGUAGGGGUUGAUAGAAACAAGUACCAGAUUAUCCUUCCAUUGCCUCGAAAGAUAGAUGCAUCCGUUACUUUGAUGCAGGUCGAGGAGAGGCCCGACGUGACCUACAAUGACAUUGGGGGAUGUAAAGAAGAAAUCGAAAAGAUAAGGGAGGUUGUCGAGGCACCUCUUUUGAAUCCAGAGAGAUUUGUUGCUCUGGGAAUUGAUCCUCCAAAGGGUGUUCUCCUGUAUGGGCCGCCAGGAACGGGGAAAACGUUAUUGGCAAGGGCUGUAGCCAACAGAACAAAUGCAUGUUUCAUAAGGGUCAUAGGGUCUGAGCUUGUACAAAAGUAUGUUGGAGAGGGUGCAAGAAUGGUCAGGGAGAUAUUUGCCAUGGCAAAGGGGAAAAAGGCCUGUAUUAUUUUCUUCGAUGAGGUGGAUGCAUUUGGGGGCACGAGGUUUGAUGACGAAGACGACAACGAGGUCCAAAGAACAAUGCUGGAAUUGAUAAAUCAGCUGGACGGGUUUGACCCAAGAGGAAACAUAAAGGUCUUAAUGGCAACAAACAGGCCGGAUACUCUUGACCCGGCACUUCUCAGGCCAGGAAGGCUGGAUAGGAAGGUUGAGUUUGGUUUGCCAGAUCUGGAGGGAAGAACAUCCAUUCUACGGAUUCAUGCAAAAACAAUGAGUGUUGAUAAGAAUAUUAGAUUUGAUUUGAUUGCAAGGCUUUGUAACAACGCAACUGGGGCAGAGUUGAGGAGUGUUUGUACAGAGGCAGGGAUGUUUGCCAUAAGGGAAAGAAGAAAGAUUGCAACUGAGGCAGACUUUUUAAAAGCUGUUGACAAGGUUAUCAAGGGGUAUGCAAAGUUCUCUUCGACUCCAAGGUAUCUAACCUAUAACUGA